AUGGACGCGCUUACGCGUUUCCGUGCUACCUUUGCGGAUCAGGUCCUCCGAGAUCAGGAGCGUCUCAACUGCCCCAAGCUCGGCAGCCCUGAUGGCAUCCCCCAAACCAAUGGCAACAGUGUCGUCGUUUGCUUCCAGACGUUUGCGCAGCGCCUCCACCGCCCUGUUGUGCUCCACGUAGUGGUGGCUGCAAAGCCGCUCGGCGAAGGAUUCGUUGCUCAGCACCUCGCCGAUGGCGCGGCGGUCAGACGACGUGGAGCCGCAGACGACGAAGCUCUUCAGGUGACGAUGCAGGUCGCUAUAUCCCAGGCGAAUCAAGUUGUCGCGCAGGUACUCGUAGAAGCUCGUCUUUGUGAACCCAGGACCCGUGAUGACCACGGUGCGGGUGACCUCGAAAUUAAUCGAGUCGUGCAGUUUCUGGAUCACGGCCUUGAAAAAUGA